UAACAUAUAUACACAUAUUUGAUCAAUAAUAGUGUUGAAACUGAUAAUAAACACAUUUGAUCUGUAGUGUUGAAACUGAUAAUAAAAGAUAUGGAAGAAUCAGAAGGAGGAGUGACGAUGAUGGGGAAGGCGGAAAUCGAUACGAGUGCUCCGUUUCGUUCAGUGAAAGAAGCCGUCAUGUUGUUCGGAGAAAGAGUUCUUGCUGAAGAACUUUACUCUGCUAAUAAGCUUAAACAGAAACAGAAUGGAGUGAGUCAUGAAAACGAAAGUGACGACUUGUUUAAUGAUGAGCUAAUUGAGACAAAGCAAAGACUAGAAAGGGCAAGAGAAGAAAGAUUGGUAAUGGCUACUUGUCUCUCUUCUUUAGAAGAAGAACUUGAACGCACAAGAAAUGAGCUUGAUAAGCUAAAAUUUGAGCAACAAAAAGUUAUGGUAUCAGAAAUCGAAGACCUUAAAUAUAUCGAGAAGUCACAAAUUAUGGCACAUGAUCAAAAUAAUAUUGAGUUUCACAAAAAAAGAUAUGUUACAUUUACAAAUUCUCCACAAGGUGAUGAUCAUGUUCCUUCACUCAAGAAGAAGAAGAAGAAAAAAAUUCCGCUAAUUAUUCCAUUGAUUGGGGGAAUUUUUUCUAGAAAGAGAGGUAGUAAUUCUGAUAAUAAUAUUCAAUCUGCUUGAGUUUAAAACAAACAAAAUAUACUAGUCGAUUUCUUCCUAUCGCUUAAAAGAUCUCAAGGCUUUCGUGAACUCGAUGCGCAAGGAGACAUCAUCCAUCAUCUUACCGAAAUUGGUUUCGACAUCAUAAGAAGUAAUUAAUACAUGCAAUUUUCUAUACAUAGCUUAUAAUUUUCCAAUGAUUUUGCUUGAAAUCAAGGUGUGAAGAAAGGUUGGUUAACAUGCAUAUUUGAUUUCUUGUGUAAAAUUUUCAAUAAUGAUAUAUUAUUACUUGAAUGAUAUGUAAUUCCUUUUGUUU